GGUUCAUGAACUUGUAUAGCGAUGGAUUUUUCUAAGAAACAUGGAGAGGCUGAAGAGACGAAUCUACCUUGGCUUACACAACCUACUGGUAUGCACGGAAUUGCGCUAUGGGCUUCUUCUCUUCGAGGAACCGCUUACUGCAUCAUCGCAUACCACAGGAAGUGGCUACGGGAAUUUGGAUGAGUCUUGUCGUCACAGCAUGUGUCUUAACUUGGCCAUGCAUUAACGCCGACAGAAAUUGGCCUGCCGGAUAUCUUAUACUCCAGAUGUUGAGGUGGUGGACCUGAGCAGACGUAUCAAAGACCAAUGUGGGUGCAGUCGCGGGUUAGUAGGUCCCUUCCUACAGCGCGGAAACAUAGUGCCAACAUCGAGGAGGGGAGCCAGACCAUAUUAUUGUUCUAUGUGCUGAAGGUUGCCAUCAGAUAUCUGCGAUCGGCCGGGACCAGAUUAUGAUAGGAGGUGGUCAAGUGACAAGAUAUGACGAGGGCACGGCAAGAUGGUGUGUAUAUUUGCUUUGUCCGUAGCGGUUAGGUUCAGAUGAUUCAUGAAUCGAGGUGGUCCGAUGAUGAUCAGAUUUGCCAGAGGAAGAAGAAUUGAACCUGCAAGACCAAGGAACACCAUGAGAUGAAAGCGCAUGAAUGCAUUGACAACAUCUGAAGGACUGGAAUGCUC